AUGAGCCAAUGCCAUGGGGGAGCAGAGGCGGCCCAACAGCUGACCGGGACCUGUCCUUCACCCGAGGUCGCCCACGACGCACCGUCUCUGGGCUUUCUGAGCCUGCCGCCCGAGGUGCGUAACACCAUCUACGCACUCGUGUGCCAGGACCUGCCCAACGUGUGGUCUCCCGUCCCCGCCCGGCUUGUGGGCCCGGACCGGCCGGCCCCUCCGGCCCUCUUCCCGCCGGUGCUCGCCUUCACCUGCCGGCAGGUCUACCGCGAGCUCAUUCCUCUCUUCUACGCCGGCCGCUACGUCUCCCUCCGUCUCAACUCCCUUGACGAGCUCGUCGCCCACGCCCAACGCAUCGCCGCCGCUGUCGCCGACCACCAGCAACGCCCACGCGCCCUCCUGCCCUGGCCGGCCCUGCUCUUGGUUCAGCGCCUCGCAGUCCAGCUGGCCACGCCCGCCUCGGUGCCCGAUGCUCGCCGGUGCAUCGCGGCGCUCGAGACCUUGGCAACCCACGCGGGACCCCACGUCCGUGAGCUCAAUCUCAGCUUUGAAGUUGACUGGACCGACUGGAUCAAGUUCGAGCAGAUCGACGGGACCUUCAUCCAUCCCCCUCGUGUCGUCAAGGCCGACUGGCUUGGUGACCAGCUUCCGUCCGACGUGGAUGACACUGAGGCUGCGAGCCUGCCGAACCCCAUAAUUGCUGUCGAGCUCAAUGCCAACGCCGCCGUUUCUCACGCUGUAACCAGCUUCCGCCUCCUCGACGAGCUUAGCCUCAGAAACGUCGCCCUCGCCACCUGGCCGGCCAUGCUCGACCAGAACCUCGACAAGGGCCUCCAUAUUCUCCCGAAGAGUGUCGCCUGGGACUUCCUGGUUCCCAUGGGGAGCAAGCCCUCACACCUGCUCAGAGCUGCCUUCAUGAGGGGCGCUUUCGACCCCAACGUGGGUCCUGCACCAGACGGAAAACCUAUCGCAGGGCAGGCCUCACACACGACUCCCACCCUCCACAUCAUCGCACUGGCACCUAGAUUUUCAGGCGCUGGCCAUUGGGGCUAUCCGGGGACAAAACCACCGCCUUACCUAACCGUGAAGGUGACCUGGCCACGGUCACAAGUGGCGAUGGCAGCAGCAGACAUUCCAGCGUUACCGACGGACGAGUGCCACCAAGAGGCCGGUGCCGAAGUCCCAAUGUCGUUCCUCAGCCUCCCAUCCGAGAUCCGCAACCAGAUUUACGCGCUGGUGUUCCCCGAACCGUUCCCUGACUCUGGGAUGGUCAGGCCAGUCAGCCCCGCUCCCCUUGACGGGCGGCGGGAAAAGCUGUUGCUGCCAGGAGAAGACUUGCACCCUGAGCAACUUCGCCAGGCCGGCUGGCAGGAAGCAGCCCCCCAGCUCACAUUCACAGAGCCGCUCAGGCACCUUAUGCCGGCCUUGACUUUUACGAGCAAGCAGGUCUACCGGGAACUCGCACCAUUGUGGUACACAUCCUCAACGAAGGUGUUCACCUUCAAUCAUGUCCAUGAACUCGAGUCUCACGCGCGGCUCGCUGCUGCUGCCCGGGCCGACGACAUCAACGUCAUUCGUCAUCCUCAGCCGUAUUUCUGUCAUGCUCCAGUGCAUCUGAUCGGGCGGAUUCAUCUCUUCAUCCUUACGCCAACCACCCAGCAAAACACUCUGCGCUGGAUCGAGGCCCUGCGGGGCCUGGCCGCUGCGACUGAGGGUCAUCUCAAAGAGUUUCGCCUCAACUUCAACCUGGCCCCCUCGCUGAUGGACCAGUGGCAUAAGACGCGUGACCAUAUUCGACCUCACGUCGUGUGCCCCGAGUGGCCCGACGCUCCCGAGCUGGAAGUCCUAGCCACUACUGUCCCCAACACUUCAGCAGGAGGAGAGGGAGAGGGAGAAGGAGGAGGAUGGAGGGGAGGAGGAAGAGGAGGCUAUACUGCAGACACCCUAGUCGAGCUCACGGAGAACAUUGCCUUUGCCCGAGCCGUCGCCGGUUUCCGAUGCCUACAGAUGCUCGUCCUCGACAGGGUCUCCACGAAGACGUGGCCGGCGGUACUGGACCGGUACCUGGGCAGGAGCAUGAUGAAACUCAGGCCCAGGAGCGUCGGGCCUGCACGCUUUUCCUCUGCCGUGCGCCCGACAUUCAGAGCGAAAUAUGAGAUGAGACCGCCGGGGGACAGCACCACGGCGGCUGGCGGUACCAGUGGAGACGCCAUGCAGACCGAGGAGGCAGCUGAUGGGCCGCUUACUUCUUUGAUCCGGAAAAUACGAUGAGGGAUCAAUUGUUGUGUGAGCUAAGGAACUGAGGGUUGGCCAGAGGCUUUGUCUUCGCGUGAGACUGCUUCAGUCGGACAUGUGCCCACCAUCAGCAUAGUACUUGCCUUGUGGCCAGUCUGUCUUCGUGCGCCAUGGAGCCGAAUGUACAACUGAUGGUGGGAUCAUGGUGUCUGCCUGAAUUCCGUCGCCCAGCCAGUUAAGGGGGUCCUACACUAGGCGAACACCUACUAUAUCUAGGUAUCAACGUAAAGACAAUAUCUCCGCAGCCGACUCGUUCUCAUUUACUGCGCCAACGUUCCAAUCAGCUUGUAGCUUUAUAUAUUAAUAGUUGUUUGUAAAGCGCUGGUGGGAAUCAAGAUACUCACGAUCUUGCUGGCA